GACAUUUUCAGCGAAGCGAGGCCCAAUAGCAUACGAGCCCAUCCACCCCGAUCCAACCGUCCGGCUGCACAACACAUAUGAACACAUCCCAGCCGCCCAUUCGACCAGUCUGUCUUCGCUAGGGUUUUUAGCCCGUAUAAGAGCCCCUUCCUCACUCCGGAACCCCAUUCCCCGCCGCCUCGCGCCCCCGCUCGCUUCACUUCUCUAGAGAUGGCGGUGCCGCUGCUGACGAAGAAGAUCGUGAAGAAGCGGGUCAAGCAGUUCAAGAGGCCCCACCUCGACCGCUACAAGUGCCUUAAGCCAAGCUGGCGCAGGCCAAAGGGUAUUGACUCCCGUGUCAGGAGGAAGUUCAAGGGAUGCACCUUGAUGCCCAACAUUGGUUAUGGUUCUGACAAGUCGACCAGGCACUACCUCCCCAACAAGUUCAAGAAGUUUGUGGUCCACAACGUUUCUGAGCUGGAGUUGCUCAUGAUGCACAACAGGACCUACUGCGCUGAAAUUGCUCACAACGUGUCCACUAAGAAGCGCAAGGAGAUCGUGGAGCGUGCUGCGCAGCUCGACAUUGUGGUCACGAACAAGCUUGCUAGGCUCCGCAGCCAGGAGGACGAGUAGUCUGGUUUCUUGUCUUAACGACGAACUGGAUGUUGCCAUUCCUUUCUGUAGGAAACUACUUUGCUUGUGUCUUGUUAGUACUGAAAACCAGAGUCACUCCUACCUUUUUGCAAUCAGUAGCUACUAAAAUGUGGCAGAUUCCACUAUUUCCUUGCAUCUAUCUAAAUUAUAUGCGUUACAUGGUUUCA